UUCCCACCCUUCCUGAGGCAAUCCUUUACCUCGUGGUGCCCAGCCCUCCAGUGUGCUGCGUAGCAGACAAAACCAACACAUCCUGGCCUUUGGGGGGAGUCCAAGCCAGUUUGAACACCCUCAAGUCGCCUGUGUUUGGUGUGCGGAGUGGCGUGGCAUGCUUAGGUAGCUGAGCCUAGCCAGUUGCUCAGGUAAUUGGCCAGUCUUGCCCACCCUAGGUUCCUACAAGAUGGGGGCCUGUGUCUGGUCCGAAGAUGGUGGAGUUGUGGGGUGCUACUACAGAUAAAAUCCUGUAAGGGCCCCGGUUCCGCUGAGCCGCAAACGCUGGGCCCUGCGGCUGGGGGGUGAACCGCGUGUGUUAGGAUGCCGCUGCCCUGCGUUGGCGCUCUACGGCCUAGUCCCGGCAAAGCGCCCACCACCCUCCUCCUGCCUGUCGUUCCGCCCACCCUGCCGCCGCCGUCGCUUCCGGCGACAAGCGGUGGACGCCCAGCGCGUCACCUCCCCGAUAAGCGAGUGGGGCCCAGGCCGCCGGCAGAGGAGUAGCGGCCGAUGCAGCAGCAAUCCCCCAGCCAUGGAUCCGAGCCUUGCGGAGGCCGGGCCCGGAAGACAAGGCCCUCUCUACACCGCAUCAUGCACCUCAGCCUCUUCCGGCGCCUUCUCCUUGCCGCCUUGCUGCUGGUGAUAGUGUGGACUCUCUUCGGGCCCUCGGGUAUCGGGGAGGAGCUGCUGAGCCUAUCGCUAGCCUCCCUGCUCCCAGCCCGGGCCUUGAUGGGGCCGCCCCUGGCCCUGCCCCACCUCUUGAUCCCCAACGAGGAGGCAUGCGGUGGUCCUGGAGCCCCUCCGUUCCUGCUCAUCCUGGUGUGCACGGCCCCGGACAACCUGAUCCAAAGAAAUGCCAUUCGGGCCUCGUGGGGAGGGCUGCGCAAGGCCCGAGGGCUCAGGGUGCAGACUCUCUUUCUGCUGGGAGAGCCAAGCACGGUUCCCACCCAGGGUUCUCAUGAGAAAGACCUAGCACAGGAGUCAGCGACCCAGGGGGACAUCUUGCAGGCGGCCUUCCUGGACUCCUACCGCAACCUGACCCUCAAAACCCUCAGUGGGCUUAACUGGGUCGACAGACACUGCCCCAUGGCCCGCUACAUCCUCAAGACCGAUGACGAUGUGUUUGUCAACGUUCCUGAGCUGGUAUCAGAGCUGGUCCGGCGAGGGGGUCGCUGGGAACAAUGGGAGAGAGGGCUGCAGCCCCAGAGAGUGGCUGAGGUUAGGGAUGAAGAGUGGGAAGGCGGCCCCACCUCAGGGAGCCAGCAAGUGCCUCUUUUGUACCUGGGCCGUGUGCACUGGCGGGUGCACCCCUCUCGAACGCCAGGGGGCAAGCACCAGGUAUCAGAGGAGCAGUGGCCCCCCACUUGGGGCCCCUUCCCACCCUAUGCCUCUGGCACAGGGUAUGUGCUGUCAGCUUCUGCUGUGCAGCUCAUUCUGAAAGUGGCUAGCCAGGCACCCCCACUGCCACUGGAGGAUGUCUUUGUGGGAGUAAGUGCCCGACGAGGAGGCCUCACCCCAACCCACUGUGUCAAGCUGGCGGGUGCCACCCACUACCCCCUGGACCGGUGCUGCUAUGGGAAAUUCCUGCUGACAUCCCACAGGUUGGACCCCUGGAAGAUGCAGGAAGCCUGGAAGCUGGUGGGUGGCUCUGAUGGGGAAAUGACUGCACCCUUCUGCUCCUGGCUCCAAGGAGUCCUGGGCAUCCUGCGGUGUCGGAUAAUAGCUUGGCUUCACAGCUGAGAAAACCUAGGGUCCCAGGAGAGGAGUGAGGUGCUAAGAGCCCAGCCAGUACCAACAAUCUUUUCCCAGGCCCAAAGCAGGAGUCCUAGCUGGCUGCAGCUGAUCAGUUUCCCCAUACCAGAUGCUCAGUCUGUCACUGAAGACUGAGGAUAUAGAAGAAACCUAAAAGCCUGGCCUGCAAGCCCCUAAGAUGGUUUUCAGGAAGAACAAAACAAUGCUGGGGUUGUUCUCCAGCCAUGACAGAAAGGAGGCUUAAGCCUCUCAAUAAACUUGUCUCUCUACC